AUGAGUUACAGUACCAGUAUUAAGAAAAAUGAAUCAGCUAUUGCAUCUGAUGUUGAAGAUUUAACAGAUUCUGAAAUUCCAAAUCCUCCAUUGAGAAGAUCAUCAUCAUUAUUUUCAUUAUCAUCAAAUCAAGAACCUUUACCAAGACCUGAAGUUCAUGAGUAUACUGCUUUCAUUGAAGAUAAAAGACAUUUUUCUUUGAUAAGAAAUUUACAUAUGGCCGAUUUUAUUACUUUGUUAAAUGGGUUUUCAGGUUUCUAUUCUAUAAUUAGUUGUCUCAGAUAUGCUUUAACUGAUGACUUGAAAUAUGUCCAAAGAGCUCAAUUCUUUAUUUGUUUGGGUUUAUUCUUUGAUUUCUUUGAUGGUAGAGUUGCUAGAUUAAGAAAUAAGAGUAGUUUAAUGGGUCAAGAAUUAGAUUCUUUAGCUGAUUUAGUUAGUUUCAGUGUUUCUCCUGCUACUAUUGCUUUUGCUAUUGGAUUCAGAUCAACUGUUGAUGUUUUAAUCUUAACCUUUUGGGUCUUAUGUGGAUUAACCAGAUUAGCUAGAUUUAAUAUUUCAACUAAUAAUAUUCCAAAGGAUAAAACUGGUAAAUCUCAAUACUUUGAAGGGUUACCUGUUCCUACCAAUUUACUUUGGGUUGGAUUUUUCGCUUACUUGACUUCAAAGAAAUUGAUUUUGGAUCAAUUACCUGGUGGUUUAGUUUUUGAAAACAGUUUCUUAGAAUUUCAUCCUGUAACUUUAUUAUUCGCUUUACAUGGAUGUGGAGAAAUUUCUAAAUCCUUACAUAUUCCAAAACCAUAA